UAGGGGUCGCACGCGCGCGUUUGCGUCUCCGUAACUCAGUCGUCGUCCGCAGCGGCUGGCGAUUUUGGUGUGUUGUCCGAAGUGUGCCGCCCUUGCGCUCGAUCCCGCGACCCCGUGGAAGGGCUAUGACCAGCCGCGGGCGGUGAAGGGCGGGAGGAAGUCGGGGCGGAGGGCGUCGCUGGCCACGGAUCCAGGCGCUGGAAGGACUGCUCGGCUGCGUGUGGCUCUACUACCUGGCACUGGCACUGGGAGCGGGAGGCGAGGCGUCGUGGCCGGUCUCUCAUCGGCUGCCACGAUGGUGCCGGAAGCCAGGCUGUGCUAGGGCGGCCGCGGCGCUCAGUGAUGGUGGCGCGCGGGGGGCGAGUGAUCGGAGCAAGUGCCACGGCGGCUGACGGCGGCGGGGGCGCGCGACUUGGCUCGGAGGGCAUGGGCGCACGGGGCCUCGAGUGAUAGUGUUUUCUGGGCGCGGGAGUGUGUGUUCGGGCGGCAGUCGACCCGCCCAUGUCCCUUACAGCUCAGGAGGUGGUGGAGCGCGCGGGCGUGGAGUUGUCCAAGUGUAUCACGGGCCUGGGACUCCGCUCCCGCAGCAAGGACAAGGAAAUCCGCGACGCCCCGGGGGCAAGCGGAGGCGGAGGCAGCGGCGCCGAGGGCAGCAGGAUGGGGUCCGUGCGGCGGGGGGGCGUCAUGGAGAAGGUGGCCAACGUGCUGUGCGGGAACAGCGUGGCCAGCAGUGGACUCGUCAAUGGCAAAGCCAAAAUGGACAAACCGAUUCCGCCGGAGAAGCCGAGUCGCUUCCUGCUGGGGAAGGUCCGGAACGGCGUUCCGGCGGGGCCCUCGGGCAACCCCCUGGUGCCCUUCAACGGCCACCAGGGGUCCCCGCGCCCCCUGCGUGCAGCCAGGUCGCCGGCGCACCUCCUGCGGGGGCACCGCUUCCUCACGUGGGACGAGCUCAUCCGGGACGAGGCUUUCCUGGCCAGGUUCUUCUCGUACUUCUCGCCCAUCGAGAGGACGGUGCUGGCCCAGGUGUGCCUGCGGUGGCGCGCCGUGCUGUACCAGCCCAAGUUCUGGCACGGCGUGCGGCCCGUCCUCCACUGCCGCGAGAUGCGCCACGCCAACGUCGAGCUCACCACCGACAUGCGGCGCCGCUUCUACGUGUCGGUGCAGAAGCGCGGCUUCGACUCCCUGGUGCUGAUGUGCGCCAACGACGAGGACCUCAUGGACCUGGUGGCCAACUACGCCGUCAACCACACGAAGGCGCUGCGCUCCGUGGCGCUGCGCUGCUCCAACGUGUCCGACAAGGGCCUCGAGACGCUGCUCGACCACCUCAACGGCGUGUACCAGCUGGAGCUCCAGGGCUGCAACGACGUGACGGAGGCCGGCCUGUGGGCGUGUCUCAACCCUCGCAUCGUGUCCCUGUCCGUGGCCGACUGCAUCAACGUGGCCGACGAAGCCGUGGGCGCCAUCGCCCAGCUCCUGCCGUCGCUCUACGAGCUCAACCUCCAGGCCUACCACGUCACGGACGCCGCCCUCGCCUUCUUCAGCCCGCGACAGACGUCCACGCUAUCAAUCCUCCGCCUCCACUCGUGCUGGGAGCUCACCAACCACGCUAUCGUUAACAUAGGUAUGUACCCACGUGGCUUUUUGCAUAAACACUGGCUGUUGUUGGUGCGAGUUCACGGGGAAGGGAGAGCGUGCGCCCCGCUGUGUUUUCAUGGCCUGUCGGGGGCCGCGGCGCUGGUGCAUUCCCUUUAAUGUGAUCUUUAGUUCUCACUCCCCGAUAGUCGCCGAUGGGGCGAGUUUUUCAAAGACGGCGUGGUGGGUCCGUAGACUUUCUCGUUUUUUCUGUAUUGUGGAAGAUGAUUUUUUUUUUCUCUCAUUUUUCUUUUUACGAAAUUGGUCCUCUCCACCUUUUAUACCAUAGUGACAAUAAGAAAAAGAAAAACAACAACAACACGAAAACAAAUAAAUACACCUCAAAACACAAUCAAAUAUAUCUUUUGACCACACAAUACCUAUUCCUACCUCCCCCGCCCCCGCCCCCCCAAUACACACACUCCCACCACACACAACACCCCAACAUUCAGACGAACUUGACCAGCAACCAAGCCACCUUCACAACCAACAGCCGUCCGAACACCAAGUCGUCGCCAGGACUUAUAUACUUGACGUACGCAUCCGAACAAGUUUUUUUUUUUGCGAAACUUUAAGAUCUAUUUCUCAAAUGACGACAAAGAAAUCAGGAAAAUAAUGCACGUAGUGAUAUAAAACCGAGGAAAGGUUUCUGCAGUUGAUCGAAAUGAUUCAUAAAAAUGAUUCAUAUUUUAUUUCCUUUCUUUUCGAUUAGAGUCAUUGCAGGGUUUUUUGUUUGCGUGUUUUUUGUUUGUGUGUGUGUGUGUGUGGUUUGUAUUGUGUGUGU